AUGUUCACGUAUAGAGACGCUAUCCCAUCCUGCGACUCUGAGGAGUUUGUGAAGGAAGCCGCUAAAGUGCCAAACUUAGCGGAGGUUGAAGAGUGCAGGAAGUUCCAGGCGACUGCAUCCGUCUCCUCGUCUGGUGAGAAGUUUCCAGAAAUCGUGUUUUUGGGCACCGGCUCCUCUCUGCCUAUGAAGAUCAGAAACGUCAGUGGAACUUUAGUGAACAUUAGCUCGUCUCAGUCUCUUUUGUUGGAUUGUGGGGAGGGAACGUUCGCUCAGAUGUGCCGACAUUACGGAGACGAUGUGGACGAGAUGCUCUCCAAACUCUCCACCAUCUUUGUGUCGCACCUUCACGCAGAUCAUCACACGGGUUUGAUUCAGUUAUUGUUGGAGCGAGAGCGAGCGCUGAAUAGUCUAGGUAAAGCGAUCAGUCCUGUGUACCUGAUCGCUCCCGUCCAGAUCAUGUCGUGGUUAAACCAGUAUCACGACCACUGCCAGCAGAUCCUCAGCCAGAUCAAUAUAAUCCCAUCAAGGUUUCUGUGUGAUGGCACUGACAGCCCCAAAGUCAAGACCAAGUCCUUCAUUCAGGCAGUGCUGAAGAAAAAUGAGCUGUCCAAGUUUCAGACAUGUUUUGCUCGCCACUGUAAGAACGCAUUUGCCUGCAGUUUAACACACGAGUCUGGAUGGAAACUGGUGUUUUCUGGAGACACCAUGCCUUGUGAUGCGCUUGUUAAUAUAGGCAAAAACGCAACUCUUUUGAUUCAUGAAGCCACGCUGGAGGACGGGAUGGAGGACGAGGCCUUCGAGAAGAGACACAGCACCACGUCUCAGGCUAUCGGCAUCGGGAUGAAGAUGAAUGCUGGAUUCAUUGUUCUGAACCACUUCAGUCAGCGCUACGCUAAGAUCCCUCUUUUCAGCGACGACUUCGACAACAAAGUGGGCAUCUCCUUCGACCACAUGAGGAUCCAGUUUGGUGAUUUCCCAAUGCUUCCUCGGCUCAUUCGGCCUCUGAAGGCGCUAUUUGCGGAGGAGAUUGAAGAGAUGGAGGAAAGGAGAGAAAGAAGAGAGCUGAAGAAGAGCUUUGAGCCGCCGGCCAAUGGAGAGUCAGGAAAGAGCAAAGCUGCAAAGAGACAACAAGAAGACCAUAAUCAGGACACUGCCGUCAAACGACUCAAAGCUAAUUGAGGAGCAGCCAGUCAGGAUGAGGGUUUGAGCAAUCUGACCAAUCAGAACGCACGAUGGAGAACACCGAACCAAUGGGGGUGUGUUCUUAAAAUAUAAAAUACAUCCAUACUGGGUAAUAGUCUGCAGUGUCUGACUGAAGAAGGUGAGAUUAAAGCAGACGGAGAUUAAUUUUGAGUUUGAAGCGUGAUAUUAAAUAUAUAGUUUAUCGAUCAGAUCUGGAGUCGUUCCCAUUGCUAUUGAUUCUGCUUCAAGCCUGGAGGCUGCUGGGAAUAAAGUGAGCUACCUUUUACUUUUUAUUUGGAUUCUGUUUUAAUUCCUGCCCUCCAGCCUCCUGAAGCAGAAACUUUUCGGCUCUGGAGAAAAACGCUGUGUUUGGGAUUUUGGUUUGGGAGAGUGUGAAGUGAGUGCAGUGAUGUUUUGAAAAGGCACUUGUAGAUUUUCUGUAUUUAAUAUUUAAUUUUAUGUCCAUGAAGAAAUGGCUGAUCGGCUUAGGCUUUUCCAAUUAUUUUAGGGAAAUAAACAAAUGCUUGAUAA